AUGCGUCCCCUACCUCCGCCUUCUUGGAUGCCUCGUGGCUAUUAUGGCAAAAUACCCAGAAUCAUCACCAGCAUUCGAGAGCUCCCUUCAGGAGUAGCCCCAACCCUCGACAACAUUCCGGAGAUCAAUCACACCAUGAUAGGAACUGAACCCUUAUCAAGCCUCAUUUGGGGCAUGCAAGAGACUGACUUCAAGCGAUGGGGAUUUGUCAUAUUCCGUACUGUGUAUACGGAGGAGUCUCAACCUCUAUGGGAAAGCUACAUUGAAUUUUUAAAAGUGUCAGUGGAGGAAUACCUUGAGUCCAAAGAGUUAUCGACGCUUUUGAAUCCGCUUCUCGAAUGGGUCAUCAUCGAAGAUCAACAAACUCUCAACAAUGCGCCAAAGCAGCACGUGCGCGAAAGGUUCUCGGCAUGGGUGUCCCAACACUUUGUCGAGAGAGACGGACCUGAGGUCCCGGAUGCAUUUCGGCGGCAGCAAUUUCCUAGGUUCCGUUACUGCAUCUACGUUGAUCAGAAGUGCCUUGAUACCGUUGCCCAGUAUGAGGCUUGGGCCAAAGCAGGCGCCGAGGGUGUCGGUAAGCAAGUCGUUUGUGUCGUUCUCGACAAGAAUUGUCACCGAAAAGGAGAAGGAAAAGGCCGAUUUCCUCGCAUUGAAGGCUGCAGCAGGGAAUACACAGGCUGGCAAUAUAUCAGUGUGCAUUGUCUUGCUGGUCUGUAUGACAAGCUGUCUAAGCAGGAGCUUUCAGGGUAUGACUACACGAGACCACCUAUGGUAUUCCCAUCCGACGGGCCCAUGCCUAUCGACUGA